AUGGCGUUCAGGGCGAAGGCAGACGUGCGUCUGGCAGGGUCCUGGCUGUCCCUGCGCUGGGCACACUCACUGGGCUCCAGAGCCACUCCCACCCCGAAGGCGAUGCUGCCCUUCGAAGCCAUACCCGAGUGUCCAGGAAACAGGUGGAUGAGGGUGCUGCAGAUCUGGAGGGAGCAGGGCUCCGAGAACCUUCACCUGGAGAUACAUCAGACCUUCCAGGAGCUGGGGCCGAUUUUCAGGUACCACAUGGGAGGGACACAAACGGUGUUUGUGAUGCUGCCCGAGGAUGUGAAGAGGCUGCAGCAGGUGGAGAGCCACCACCCAAGGCGGGGGACCGUGGGGCCCUGGCUGGCCUACCGACAGCAUUGUGGGCACAAAUACGGCGUGUUCUUGCUAAACGGGCCCGAAUGGCGCUAUGACCGAUUGCGGCUGAACCCAGACGUGCUGUCACCACAGGCUGUUGAGAAGUACAUCCCCAUGGUGGAUGGGGUGGCAAGGGACUUCUCAAAGGCCCUGAAAUCGAAGGUGCUGCAGAAUGCCCGGGGGAGUCUGACCCUGGAUGCCCGGCCCAGCAUCUUCCACUACACCAUAGAAGCCAGCAACUUAGCCCUUUUUGGAGAGCGGCUGGGCCUCCUUGGCCACAGCCCGAGCCCUGCCAGCCUGCACUUUAUCCGUGCUCUGGAGACCAUGUUCAAAUCCACCGUCCAGCUCAUGUUCAUGCCCAGGAGCCUGUCACGCUGGACAAGCACCAAGGCGUGGAAGGAGCACUUUGAGGCCUGGGACUACAUCUUCCAGUAUGCCAACAAUUCCAUCCAGAAAAUCUAUCAGGAGCUGGCCCUCGGCCACCCGCGACACUACAGUGGCAUCGUGGCGGAGCUGCUGCUGCGUGCAGACAUGAGCCUGGAUGCCAUCCGGGCCAAUUCUAUUGACCUCACUGCCGGGAGCGUGGACACGACGGCCUACCCCUUACUAAUGACCCUCUUUGAGCUGGCUCGGAACCCCAAAGUGCAGCAGGCCCUUCGCCAGGAGAGCCUGGUGGCCGAGGCCAGGAUCUCUGAAAAUCCCCGGAGGGCGACCACGGAGCUGCCCCUGCUGCGCGCGGCCCUCAAGGAGACCUUGAGGCUGUACCCGGUGGGUGUCUUCUUGGAGCGAGAGGUGAGCUCGGAUCUGGUGCUGCAGAACUACCACGUCCCGGCUGGGACAACAGUCAAGGUGCUGCUCUACUCCCUGGGUCGAAACCCUGCCGUGUUCGUGAGGCCCGAGCGCUAUCAUCCCCAGCGCUGGCUAGACAACAGGGCCUCCAGCACCAGGUUCCCCUACCUGGCCUUUGGCUUUGGCCUGCGCCAGUGCCUGGGGCGGCGCCUGGCGGAGGUGGAGAUGCUGCUUCUGCUGCACCACGUGCUGAAAAACUUCGUGGUGGAGACGCUAACGCAAGAGGAUGUGAAGAUGAUCUACCGGUUCAUAUUGAUGCCCUCCACACUCCCCCUCCUUACCUUCCGGGCCAUCAACUAG